AUGUUUGCUUCUAGAGCUUCUAUUUUGUCUAGGUGCUGUAGAGGAGCUAGGGUCCCUCGGGUCCGGUCUUUUCAUGACCUUCCUAGCUCUCCUCAGAGCAAAUUCUUGAAAGUAUCAGAAGAGGUUCGCGAUGCUAUCGCAACUGGAAAACCGGUCGUCGCGCUAGAGACGACCAUUUACACUCAUGGAUUUCCAUAUCCAGAGAACAUUGCCCUAGCUUCGCUGUUGGAAUCUGUCGUUCGAGCAAACGGUGGAGUUCCCGCGACUAUAGGUAUCCUUGGAGGUGUUGCCCGGGUAGGCAUGAGUGCGGAAGAAAUCGUCGAGCUGGCCUCGACGGCAGAGAAGAAGACCGCACUGAAAGUCUCUCGGAGGGAUUUGGGCUACAUCUGUGGCAUGGGACUAGCUGGAAAGCCAAUUCACGGUGGUACAACUAUCUCCGGAACUAUGAUCCUUUCGCAGCUUGCUGGAAUUAAAAUAUUUGGAACUGGUGGGCUAGGUGGUGUUCACCGUGGUGGCGAGAACUCCAUGGACAUUUCUGCCGAUCUGACGGAACUGGGGCGGACCCCAGUCACGGUAAUUAGUUCCGGGUGCAAGAGCUUCCUAGAUAUUCCGCGUACACUUGAAUAUCUUGAGACUCAAGGUGUAUGCGUGGGUACCUUUGCUGAUGGCCGCGAGGGAUCUGUUGAUUUCCCUGCUUUCUUCACCAGAGACAGCGGAUUCCGCAGUCCGCGGAUAAUUCAGAAUGAGGCCGAAGCAGCUGCUAUAGUUUAUGCGCAAUCCAAGCUUCUCGUCUCGUCAGGAAUUCACUUUGCCAAUCCAGUUCCAUUAGAGGCAUCUGUCCCCAAGCCUGAGAUGGACCGCAUCAUUGAAGAAGCUGUUCGCCUCGCAAAUGUUGAGGGCUAUCAUGGAAGCGACAACACUCCAUUUGUUCUGGGUAAAAUCAAGGAACUCAGCGGUGGAAAGAGUGUAAUCGCCAACCGUGCUCUUGUCGAGUCUAAUGUCAAGCGAGCUACCCGCGUUGCGGUGGAACUCGCCAAACUCGAGGAAAUGGACCGAGGAGUCGCUGCUCGACACAUGCCUGCUUUCCCGAGUAUUCCUCGGUCAGAUCAAGAGGCGCCAAAAGUACAAGCUACUAAGCUAGAGCCAACUCCCGAGACAGUUAUGACUCCCGAAUUACCAGACAAUUCAGAUGUUUUGGUUGCUGGCUCCCUUGCUAUUGAUCUAUCUUGUGAUUACACACCAUUCGGUGACGAGCGCGUGCAGGUAGCACCUAUCCCGCAUACCUCCAACCCUGCCAUCAUUAGCCAGAGUCUCGGAGGCGUUGGCCACAAUGUGGCUCUGGCGGCCAGCUACGUCGGUAGUGAUGUGCUUUUCUGCAGUGUCGUAGCAGACGACCUAAGCGGGCGAGCUGCGCUUGCAUCCCUUGAAAAAGAAGGACUCAGCACUGCGGGUAUCCAAAUUCUUCCACCAACAUCAGGCACUCGCACAGCGCAGUAUGUAUGCAUCAACGACGCUAAGAAGGACCUGCUCGUUGCAAUGGCCGACAUGGGCAUCGUCGAACUUCCAGAGAAACAGCUGGAUUUCGACGGGUUCUGGGAACCUCUGGUCGAGCGCACGAAACCGAAAUGGGUUGUCGUUGACGCAAACUGGCGUCCUGAAGUACUGGCCAAGUGGGCUAGUCUGGCUCAAAAGUAUGGCGCACGUGUGGCGUUUGAGCCUGUUUCUACAGCUAAAUCUCGUCGCCUGUUUACCCGUGACGGUGAUUCCAGUCCCGUUAUUGGACCCGCACAGACUAUUCCCUACCAUGCGAUCAGUCUUGCUUGCCCCAACCGUCUCGAGCUAGGUGCCAUGUACAUGGCUGCGCGGGAGGCUCUCCUUUUCGAUUCCCCGGGUUGGUGGGAUGUAAUCGACGCCAUGGGCCUUUCACAGAGCGGUUCCCGUGAGCGACUCGUCUCGAUUACCUCUGCUUCUUUGGUUGAUGAGGGCCUGCCUCAGCAAUCUAUCCAGCUACUCCCUUUCAUUCCUUGUCUUAUUACUAAGCUUGGGGACGCUGGCGCUUUGCUGACGCAGCUUCUACCCCCUGGUGAUUCUCGUCUGACGAAUCCUGACUACGCCCCGUACAUCCUUGCCCGUGCGUCUUCAUCGAAUGGUGUCUCAUUCGGAGGUGUAUAUAUGCGUCUGUUCCCACCUACUGCUCAACUGUCUGCUGAAGAGGUCGUUAGUGUGAACGGAGCUGGCGACACUUUGCUAGGUGUUGUGGUGGCUGGUUUGGCCAAGGAUAGUUCUGCCGCUCGCAUUGAAGAUAUUCUGUCUGUCGCCCAAGAGGCUAGUCGGAGAACCCUUGCCAAUCCAGGUGGCGUGAGUAAAGAACUAGUGGGUCUGCGGGAGAAGCUUGGUCUAUGA